AUGGGGAGAAGCGACUGGCGUGGCGGCGGCGUCGCACCGGAGGAGGUGAGGUCCCUCAGGGGACGCGGCGGCGGUGCUGCUGAGGUGGCCGUGGAGUGGGGUGUGGGGGGCUCCCAUGAGGGGGAAGUGGCGCCUCAGACGCGGGGAGAGCGAGCGAGCGAGGAGCGCCGGCCGAAGAGGCACGGCUGGGUAGGAGGAGGGGAAGGGAAGCGAGGUGGCCAACGGCUGGCCUUUCGAAAAGCCGGUCGGUUGAGAACUGGGGGGGGGGGCGGUAGGGAGCGGGGCCCUUGGCCAGCUUCUCUCCCUUCCACGUCCACACACACCCUCACCCUCCUCCCUCCAGCCUGGAACUUCCUGGCACGGAAAGUUUUUCCUCCGGCGGCAGGUGCCUGAGGCGGCGGCGGGUGUGAGCUGAGUUUGCCCCCUCACGGGCCAGCUCGGUGCUGCCCCCUCGGAUUUGGCCCAGCAUGUCUGGUGGUCGAGCUGGUCGGCUUCUUAUGCGGGGGGGAGACCCCCCCAAACACGACACGCCUCUGCAUUCUCACGCAUCCUUCCAGGGCCCUUCGCGGGGUGGGUGGGAGAGUUGAGGGUAGGGUCUCCUUGGUGAAAAGCCUUUCUUUCUCGUCCACCAUCGCCUUUAAAACAACAAGAAGAACCUGUUCCUCUCCUCCCCGCUGUAUAUUUUUCCUUCUGCUUGUCGAGCCCUUCGAGCCGUUCUUUUUUUUUAACCCUUUAAAAAAUAAUAAUAAAACUCUCUUCCUCCUUGUUUACUACUUCACGCUUUCUGCUCCAGCCGUCGCUGCUCCGUAUCUGUUUAUUGGCUGUUGAAAUGGCUGGGCUUAUGACAACUCUCCGCCCAUACCUUGCUCUUUAAUCCGGAGCCUUCCUUAAGUGUUUACAUGCUGCCGCUCACCCACAGCGUGCAGUACGGUUUCUGACUUUUUCCCCCCUCUCCUCUCCUCCCAAAAGCCCCCUCCAUGGUUAAUUUCAGCAAAUAUUAUUACAUCGAAUGAAGAGGCAAGUAAUCAGAAUGCUUGUGACUGCAAAGCGUGUUUAGGGCGAGGAAUGGUCCGGGGUUGAGAGACUGGCCCACGCACUGGGCCAUUGUUUUGACUGCCGUUGCAUCAGACAAGGUUUUGCUAAAUUUAACCUUUGCAGAUCAUUGAAACCUGUGUGAAUAGGAUCUGCAUAGUAUCCAGUACAGUAUCUGAUUUCCCAUUCUUGGGUAUGUGUUAGUCAGUUUCCAGCAGAUUUUUGGCGCUGUUUUAAUCCUGUGUCUUCUCUAAUUUGAGUUUCUUGAUCUUCUUGCAUGAAAAAGACCCGCAAAUGACAUGCUAUAUUCUUUUUAAAAAAUAUUUUUGUGGUUUGCAUAAAAAACUUGGGAUACCCUAAUUCUGAGUAUUUAUGUUCAUGAACAUGCUAAAUCAAUGAAACUUCAUUUUGUUAAUGUGGCUAGCUUCAAAAGUGUUAACAUAAGUGUUAAUUUUUAACCUGGAUGUUACACACAUGCUCAGUGAUUGGCAUUAAGUAAGGAAACUGCUCUUGAAGUUUAUAGGCAGUUUAUGUGUGGCUUGCUGUAGUGCUUAUGAAAUGAAAGGGUGACAUAACUAUUAGGUAUUUACAGUUUUAUUCACUGAGCAGUAGAACUGAUACUUUGUUUUCUGUGAAGUUUUUCAGAUACCAUAUUCAUGCUUUUGUGAAAGAGCCACCCAGGGAACUUUGGUAAUAAUUGGAUGAAUAAAUAAUUGCAGUAUGCAUUGAAUGGAUAGUACAGUAUUAGCUUGUUUGUUGGGUGGGAUAUAUUUCUUGCCCAAAGCCAUGCUUCAUAGAAGCAAGUAGUGCAGCACAGGUGGCUGCAGUGGGGGUGGGGAGAAUUAACAGAAAUUGUAGCCCUUCACCCUUGAGUGAACAGAAGUACCUUUCUGAAAACAGGUCCAAUUGAGCACAAUAGUAUUUGCUCCUCCGAGCGUCAAUACCCAGUGUGUUGAUUCUUUUAAUGCAGUAAAGGUAAUAAAGGUAAAGGACCCCUGGACGGUUAAGUCCAGUCGAAUUCGACUGUGGGGUGCGGCACUCGUCUUUGCUUGCAGGCUGAGGGAGACAGCAUUUCUGAAGAAACCCAUUGAAAAAUCAAAUAGUAAAAAAAUAUUGUAGCAAUUGUCUUAAGUGAAUAUAAUUCAUACUUUGAACUGAAUAAAGCAGAUCAGAUUGCAGUAUUUGCCAGUAAUGUUAAACGGCUAUAAAUCUUGGAAGCGUUUCAAACUAGAUUCAAAACAUCAGCUUCAGGCAUUUCAGUAAUCUGUCAAAUGCCUUGCAGAGUAAGAAGUGGAAACUCUCAAGCCAUAGUUAUUUGAUGUUUUCAAAACUUUCCUGUUUAUUUAUUUUUGUAAAUAUUUCCACCUUCCUGAAAACUGACUUCAUGUAUUCAGGACAUGGUUCCACCCCUGCGCAUUGUAUGAAAAGAUUAUUACUGGAAUCUUGAUGUUAAAUUCACAAGUCUUGUGACAUAGAAGUUCUUUCUAAGUCUUCUAAGAUUUAGUUUGCUAGAGCAUGCAUAGGCAGACUCGGCCCUCCAGAUGUUUUGGGACUACAACUCCCAUCAUCCCUGACCACUGGUCCUGUUAGCUAGGGAUGAUGAGAGUUGUAGUCCCAAAACAUAUAGAGGGCCGAGUUUGCUUAUGCCUGUGCUAGGGGAGUGGGCUUAUAGUGUUAAAGUAUACCAUUUUGCAAUAUGAAACUAUGAAAUACUCUUUCCAAGGAAACUUCUCAGAAUGGAAAUAUGAGCAUAUUAAGGAAGCAGUGUAGAACUUGUUUUUAUUUCAACUGGCUUUCUGGAGAGUAGAGGGUUGAAAUUUUAAAAUGGGUAAAAAUAUUUUAAUUUUUUUGCCUUUUAGGUAUAACAUAGGACCUUCAGCUAUAAAACGAAAUAACUCUAGAUCAUUAGUUGCAAGAGGGAUGCACUAGCACUAGUUUAGCACAGUCAUGCAAAACUGAAUAUUUAAACAAUGUGCACCACUCAAAAAAGUAUAUUUUCUGUGGUGGUGGGGAGCACGUUCCAUUUGCAUAAGGGACUGUUUAUCCAGAAGGAGGAAGAACUAAAAUCAUAGCCCCCCCCCCAAGGUUGAAACAAGAGUAGAGUUCCACUAAAGGUAAAUUCUUGGGGGUCAGAAGCAAUUUCUGAGUAUGUAUUUAUUUAAAAUCACAAUUGUCUCCGAGCUUUGCGGAUCAGACUGAAUACAAUAAAGAUUAAAUCAGUUAAACUAUGAAAUCAGAAAUUACUUAAAAUACCUGCUGGAAUAAGAACAUAUUCAGUAGAUGCUGGAGGUUCAACAGGAAGGGCCCUGUCUUAUCCUAGGUCCUAUGAAAUCUAAAGGGUUUUGGGGAGGAGAUAGCUCUCCUUCAAACUAAAAAGCGCACUAUGUCAAUAAAUAUAUUUAUUAAAUAUGGUCAUAUUUUAACUUCAUUAAAUGGAAGUUGCUGUACUUUUUAUUGUUCUUGCUGGGAGAAGUGAGCCAGACAAUGCUGCAUGUUGUGGCUGCUUUAUCAUGGAAGAAUAGUGGUGGUAAUGGCUGAUACAGUGGGGAUGAUGUCAGGAACUCUGUUUAAAUCAGCAGGUAUUACAAAUGGCCUGCCACUGUUAGCUAAGUACAUAAGACCUGUACUGGAUCAGACCAAAGGCCUGUCUAGUCUGGCAUCCUAUUUUCCAAAGUGGUCACCCUGGAGUUUCCUGAAAGUGCACAAAAAGGGCAUGAUAACAACAGUUCUCCCACAGCCAAGGUGUGUGGCCACUGAUCAUGGAUAUUUAUGGUUGAUAAACAAACUGUUGAUAAACAAACCUUCCAUUAAUGUGUCUAAGCAAGUGACUAUCAUUUAUAUUUUGUGGCAGGAAAUUCCAUAAGUUUAUGCAUCAUGUGUGAAGUAGUACUUCCUUUUGACUAUUGUGAAUCUACCAUAUUUAAUUUGCCUGAGUGUCAAUAGUAUGAGAAAAGGAGAAGCAUUUCUCUGCUUUCUCUACAACAUUCUUAACUUCUAUCAUGAUGUUCCCUCUUCUGAACUAAAAAGUCCCAGCCUUUCGGUUGUUAGGGAAAGUAUCUUAGCCCCUUGAUCAUUGGAGUUGCCAACUUUCACAGCUCUGAUACCCUUUUUGACAUGGGAAUUCUGGGUGUUAAAAAGCCACUUGCAGUUUCUGUUCAUAGGACAAAUUAUUCUGGACCUCUGCUGAAUGUUGCACAUGGGUUAAUAUUCCUUACAGCUUUGUGUUGAUAAAGGUAUCUCGUAUUUGCUACCACUCCUAACAGUAUUUUAAGUCAGCCAAAAAUAAAGUUCUUUUGAGACUAGCCUGCAUACAUUUGUCAGCAUUUUUGUAAUAAUUAUUGGUUGUCUGAGAACAGACAGUGUUUUGUUUUUAGACCACCCACGGUGCCUAGCAUCAAAUGAUGAAAUGAAUAUUUUCAUGUUUGUUUUCUCUAAUUUUGGUUAAUACCAUAAACAUAUUAUUUCAAUAACCUCACACACAAAGAAAAAUUGUCAGUCUGUUGUUUGAACCUGGGUCUAGAAGCACAAAAAAUGUGGAGUGGUUCAGAAAAUGUGUAAAAGGUUGGAUAGGGAGAUAAACCUAAUGUGUUACUCACAUAAGGUGGAUUUAGUGUUUGGAAAUAUAUUGUAAUGCUGGGCUUCUACCAAGUUGCUUCGGAUGUUUCAUUCAUCUGACAUUUUGGGUAUGUAGAUGUAUUCCAAUUUAUGUGGAAAUGUAUAUAGGCUCUUGUUUUGAGCAUACCUUAGCUGUUAAAAUUUAGUGCUAGUACCUCUGGAACUGAAAUAACAAGUUGCUACAAGAAGUGCAGUUUAAAUGAUACCAUUGAGUACAAAGAGUUCUGUACAACUGGUAGAAAAAUACAUAAAAUGUUGGCUUGGUUCAAAGUAAUGUUAUUCUCUUUUUGUACAGUCUUUAUCUGUAGUUACACUCAUUCAGUACUACAAAUAUCUUUUCUCAGAAGUCAACUAUCUAAUGUUUUUAUUUUGUCUUCUGGAUUUACUCAUUACCUGUGUAUCCUUUUGAUUGUAUUGUAGCUCUAAAAAGACAGCUAACUGAGCAGCACUGAGUAACUGUCAGAAUAAUAUUAAUAGUAAUCCAGUCGGGAUAUUUCAAGAGCAUGGAUGGUCAUGGGCAGACCAUCCCCAUCCAAGAGCAGUCAUAGCUGCUGAACCAGCUAAAGCUGGAAAAAGGCCACGUGGGCCUCAAAUGACAGAGCUUGAUCAAGGGACAUUGCUACGCAGUACAUCUGCUUUGUUGAGUACAGCUUCAUCUAGAACAGUCUGCACUCCCAGAGUCUGAACACAAGAACACUGGUGCAUGUGACAUCAGACUUACAGGGAUUUAGCCUCAGUUUCUUGAUCCUCAUCCAGCCCAAUACCAAGUCCAAACAUUGGUCAGUCUCACCUGAUUCAUUGGCAAGAGAAGUAGAGCUGAAUAUUAUUAUCUUAUUGAUGGUGCCUCACUCAAAUUCUCCUAAUGCCACCACCCAGUCAGUGGCUUCAUAUACAUCAGAGAUGGGAACCUGUGGUCCUCUAGAUAUUGGACUCCAGCUCCCAUCAAUCCCAGCCAGCAUGGCAAGUGGUCAGAGAUGUUGGAAGUUGUAAUCCAGCAAUAUUUUGAGGGCCACAGAUUCUCCAUCUCUGAUAUAGAUGUUAAAUGAGUCUAGGUAAUGAGUUUCAUCCAAAAGCACAUUGAGUUGGCUGCCAACAGGUAUUUGUGCCCCAAGGACUUCAUAUGUUAUGCUAUCAAUAUAUAGAAACCUAGAAUUGGAAAGGAAAGCUAACAGCUGGAUCUUAAGAUAAGUAAAUUCAAGGGUCCAUAGAAAGAAAGCUUUCUGUUCCAUUAUCAUAACUACAUUCCCCACAUUGAGACCCAUGUUGGGUGAAUGAUUCCUACACUGCAGGGGGUUGGAGUAGAUGACCCUUCCAAUUCUACUUUUCUAUGAUUGAGUUCAACAUGGUCAGCUUAAGAAAUGCCUUGAUUAGCUAACACUCUUUUUUUGUAGUGGUUGACAGUAGUUAAAUGUGAGGUGAUGAUUUUAGGAAGUUUUUUAAUCAGUUGGUAGAUGUGUUAUACUUGGUAGAUGCUUUAUACCAAGGUUCCAUUGGCAAAUGUUUAGGUGAAAUGCAUGUUGCAUCAUCUGUAUGUUCUUCUGACAGAUUCCUGGGAUCACUCAUUCCAAAUAGUGAAAUGGUCUUGGAAAUUGAAGUUAUUAAAUCCACUUACCAUCUCUCUCUUCAGCUCUUACAACCCAUCUCUUCAUCCCAACUAAAUAGCUGGAAUAGAGAGAAGCCCUGUGUAUCCAUCUAUGUUCUGUCUUUGCUGCUGUCAGCUGUGUACUUCAACUCUUUUGCUAAUUUCAGAUUCCCUCUCCCUUUCUCCUUACAGAUUUUGAAAGAAGACAGAUACACGGUGGAACUACUUUUGCAAACCACAGGAAGAAAUGUGAUUUAUUUCUUAAAACGAAGAGAAAGAACCAACCUGCAAAAAGACUGAUUAUAGCUAAAACUAGCUAAGAAUUCCUGGUUUUUUUCAAUAUAAAGCUGCCAUAGUAUUUAAAAAUUAUCUUCCAAAGAGUCAUUUGCACUAAUAUUAAAGAAGAAGAAAAGGUGAAAUGCUAUAAAGAUUGUCCAUAAGUAUUUGUAUGGCUUAUCAUAAUAUUACAUGAUCUACUCAUCAGAACAAAAUUUUUCACAUUUUAUUUUAUCUUUAUUUUUUUAAAAUAAAAAGAGCAGAUGCGAUAUUGACUUAAUGCAAUCUGAAGACUUGGACUUCUGAACACAAUGCCGUAACUUAAAGGCAAUUGCCAGGACUAGGUUUGCUUUGCUUGGAAUCCUUCAGACUUAUUUUAUAAACACUGUUUCCUAAAUAAUGGCAUGGGUAAAGUUCUUGAGGAAACCUGGAGGAAACCUUGGAAAAGUAUAUCAACCUGGAAGUGUGAUGUCUUUGGCGCCUACCAAGGGCUUGCUAAAUGAACCAGGACAAAACAGUUGCUUUCUUAAUAGUGCUGUACAGGUAAGGAACUCCUCAUAUUUAAUGCAAUAAAACACAGCUCAAAGACCUAUUUAGUCCAGCAUCGUAUUUCACGUAGUGUCCAAUCAGAUUAAGCCUACAAGCUUCAUAAGUUAUAUUGAAAGCUGGCUAUUAAUAUCUUUAAAAUGCAUUCUCCCCACCCCCACCGCCAUUCACUAUGUAUCUUUCAAGAUUGUACAUGGUGACAAGAAUGAGAAGGAGCAACAGCCUUCAUUUUCCUUGCCUUGCCUUGCCUUUUGUACAGUUUGGUUCGAGAAGGAGGGGAUGCAAGUGAAUUGGCAAUAGUGACUGUGGUGAGGAGGUGAGUCCACAAGAACCCAACAGCCAGCAGCAAAUUGAAGUCUACUGUAUAUAAUUUAUAGACUCUUGAAACCAAUGUUUCUAUGAAGCAUAUAUAUGCUAAUCUAACUGUUCCUAACCUUGAGUCUCCCAAUGUAUUUGCUAAGCAAUUCAGGCCAACAAAUAACUUUCAUGUAAUUUGAAACUUUUUAAAAAAACACCCACAAGGCUAGCAAAUGACCACAGUGGCUUCCCAUUAUUGAGCUGGUGUAUUUUCCAGAAAGGGCUGCCAUUUUCCCUUGUUUGGUGGCUAGCAUGUCUGAUAAUUGCUGCUUGUUUGUAUGAACAGGCUCUUAUUCUACUUAGGCUGAAUUUGUAGGACUUCAUAAUAUUGUGGUCAUUUGUAUUCCAUAGAAAAUACAUGUUAAGCUGCAACUGAAUUUUAUCUUAGUUGUGCUAAAUGACAUUUUGCUUUAGUAUGCACAUAUUAUCAAUGUUUGUCAUUUAAUCAUUUUUGGUAGAAGACAUGGAAAUGCCGUUUACCUUCCCACCACAGCGGUACCUAUUUGUGUACUUGCACUGGUGUGGUUUCGAACUGCUUGGUUGGCAGAAGCUGGGGACAGAGCAACGGGAGCUUACCCACAUGUAUUUAAACAAAUUUGACACUGUGUUUUCAGAGGUUGAUGAAGUAGUGGUUAUCUUCCUUGGCCAAGAGGUACCACUUAAUCAAAGUAGGACUGCAGACUUGAAUACAUCACUCAUAAUUGGAAAACUUUCCCUUUAAUUGAUCAGCAUUUCAACAUGGGUGUUAUCAAGCUUUGCUUAAGUAGGAAGAAAAUAAUUCCUUUGAGAAGCCUUUAAUAGGUUUCUUUUGCUAACCUAUUAAUGCCACACACACAGUUACAAAAGAGUCAAGAAGAACCCAACAGCUGGUCAUCUCAGCCACUGAAAACAGCUCUGUGUGUGAUAACCUUUCAGCUAUCAUGGGGGAAAGUAGCUACAGUAUUUCAGUGAAAAUUCUAAUACUUCUUAGUUUUUGAUCUUCCAAUUAUUCUCCCUUCUAACAUGUAGUAGUUUGAAUUUGCAUAUGCAUAACUUAAUUUUUUUUCAGUGAAUCCAAUGGCACAACUAAAAGGAUCCUAUUUCUAAACCAGAGAUGAUGAGCCUACAACUCCCAGCAUCCCUUGGCAGCAUGAUCAGUGGUCAUGAAUGAUGGGAAUUGUAGUCCAGCAACAUCUGGAGGACUACAGGUUCUCCCCAUCCCUGCUCUGAACCAUCAUUCAUUCAUUUUACUGUCUAUCAUACAAAGAUCACAGGCUGGUUUACAAAAAUACAUACUAUAAUAACAAACAAAAACAAUACCAUACUUCCCACAGUUUAAAAGGCCAUAGAUUGUUUAAUUAGCCAAAGACCUGGGAGAAGAGCAAUGUUUUGCCUUAUGCUUAAAGAUAUGUAAUGAAGGUGCCAGGUGAAAUUCCCUGGGGAGAGCAUUCCACAAGAGGGGAGUCACCGCAGAAAAGGCCCAUUCUUGUGUUGCAACCCUCUGAACCUCCCACAGAGGAAGCAGAUAAAGAAGGGACUCAGAUGACGAUCGCAGGAUCUGGGGUCUAGUACUCCAUGUUGUCAUAGUGUAUCAGUACUGUAAUGAAAGAUCAGUUUAUUGUAGGCCUUCAACUAUAUAUGUGGACAAAUAUGUUAUUGAAGAAAUUGAAGCUUUUAUUUUCUGCCUCCUCAUCUUAGGUUUUAUGGCAACUUGACAUAUUUCGGCGAAGUUUAAGAGGUCUAUCAGGACAUGUUUGUCAGGGUGAUGCCUGCAUAUUCUGUGCUUUAAAGGUAAGUUUAGAAUCACAGUAUCCAGUUCAUAAAGAGAUUUUGAAAUUCUUAUUCAAGGGAAACAUGAUUCAAAACUUGUUUUUGUAAAGGAGCAUUUGUUAACAGCUAUAAUUGCUGCCACUUAAGUAUUUUGUAUACUGUUGUAAUUACAGCAAUGGAAUAUGGAUUAGAAAACUGGGAAAGAGGGGACAGAGGAGUCUCUUUAAAUCCCUAAUAGCACAUCCUUGAGAGGGAGAGCAGUGACUACUAGAAAUCCGAGCAUGAACACUUCUUUGAGGAUAUACUGAAAUAUUGUGUUACCGGUCCCACUUGUCAUUGUUGCAUGGAACUUGCAUGCUCAGUAUACCAGCUGCUGGGGAGCAACUGUGGAAUUGGGUUAAUGUCCUCAUGCACUGCGUUUGGGUUUUCUGGAGAUUACUGAUUAGACAUAGAGGGAAGCAGGUUGUUAGAUUAGAUUGAUAGUUUCUGAUUCAGAGGGUGCUUACAUUCCCUUCACCAGUGCAAGGGUUUCUACCGCCCUAGGGCAAUGUCUCAUUGCAAAUCCCAUUUAUUUUCUUCAAGGUGUAGUUGUACAGAAAAUGGGAAACAUGGCCCAAUAGAGAGGGCAGGUAAUAAGUUUUUUCUCUACUAGAAGAAGAAGUAUUUGGUAUUGCACUGUGUUCAAUACAUCAGACUUCACUGAAUUGUCUCCUAGAUGAAGAAACCAUUGGAGUAUGCUAGCCCAUUUAAAAACCGGCUAUUUAGAAGUAUUAAUUAAUGGUACUGUUGAUUUUCAGACUAUAUUUGCACAGUUCCAGCACAGUCGAGAAAAAGCGCUCCCAUCAAAUAAUAUGAGGCAUGCCUUGGCUGAAAGCUUUAAAGAUGAACAGCGAUUUCAACUUGGUUUCAUGGAUGAUGCAGCAGAAUGUUUUGUAAGAGCUUGAUAUUAUGCUUUUCUUUAAAAUUUGUCUUUGAUACUUUGUGGCAGUGAUGUGGUUAGUUUGGAUACAAGAGCCAUAUUCACAUCUCUCACUGAAGCAUCUUAACCUUUAGGUUUUUGGUGUCACUGGGGUUUAGGAUGAGAAUAAAUUAAAAGGAAUCUAAAUAUUUUGGACACUAAAGUUCUAUAGCCUUUUUUAAAAAGGUGGACUUGAGAAGAAUAAUUAUGGUAUAUAUUUAAUACAAUUAUUGUUGGAGACAUUGUUUACUGUCCAUUACCUGGAGUUAAGUGAAACUGUAAUUCAUAACAAGUGAAGAAACAAUGUGCCUUGUGCUUUGCUUCACCAUCAUGAGGGUAUCUGGGAGGGUUCUGGACCUUCAGCAUGGGAGUCUGGCAUAGCAUUAUAGGGAGUCUGAAUGGUGGGAACGCAGGAUAUAAAUCUAUUAAAUGAAUCAAUGCAUUCCUUUGUUUAGGAAAACAUCCUUGAGAGAAUUCACUAUCACAUAGUGCCAAGCAGUGAAACAGAUAUGUGUACGUCUAAAUCCUGCAUUUCCCACCAGAAGUUUGCUAUGACAUUAUAUGAACAGGUAAGAUUUGUGUUUGUUGUUGAAUUUAGUGCUCUUAAAGUUUCCAAAGUUACAAAAAUUAAAACUUUUUUUAUUUCUAGUGUGUAUGUCGCAGUUGUGGGGCAUCUUCAGAUCCUUUGCCUUUCACAGAAUUUGUGCGUUACAUUUCAACAACAGCUCUAUGGUAAGAGACCUUGUUUUCUCCUUUAUUCUUCCCCAGACCUCUUCCAUUUUGUUCUUUUUAUUUCCAGAUUCUCAUAGUAUGAGAACUGGGAAUUCCAAGGAAUAGUGGAGAAUAGAAUGGAGGUGGGUGUGUUCAAUACCUUGUUGAUGAACUGAAUAAUGCUUUAAAAAUUCACUAACUCCCAGGGAUACACAUUUUUUGUACAGAUUUCCAUAACACCUGUUACAUGAGGAUCAAACACGUAUGUAGCUAGCCUUCCUAGGACACUGUUAUGGUUACAGGCUAUAUGGUCCUUUUUCCUGUGUUGUACCAAAAGUUAAAUCACUGGUUUAUUUAUUUAUUUGAAAUAUCCUAAAUACAUCGUAACACAAUAAAACAGAGAAACAAGAGAGAUGACUGUUCUGCAAGAGUUAAGGAUUCAAUGACAUUUGAGGAAGCAGUGGAAUUGGGUCAUGUUUGAAAAUACACAUAUUCAACAUAUCUUACAUCCACCCUUCCUCUGCAGUAACAUUUCACACCAUCUAUCUGAUUCUGGCUCAUUCUAAUAAAACAUAGUUCUUAACCUAGUUUGGACAUAGCAACAGAUUAUAAGUUUAAAUCAGGUAGCAGAUGCUUUUGAUCUCUUCCUUCUGGCACUUGCUAGAGGAGGAGAGGGGAAGCAGCAUGCUUGACCACAAGACUUCUGCAGGGAAGUUCAUGUAGCCCUAAACUAUGGCUCAGUGUUCUGUAGGAACCAGGCCAUUGAAUCAGCUCUUGUCUUUCACCCUCAAGAGCAGGGCAUCAAUUUGGACUGAUAGGAAUUGAAUCCCACUGGGAAGACAGGAAGCAAGAUUGGAAUUGACAUAUGUUCCAUGGCAGGAGCUACUUAAAGACACGACUGUUUCCUGCCUCUGAAGAAAGAACAGGAGUUUACUUAACUCCUGCUAGGUCCCCCCCCUUUCUUUUAAAUUAACACUAGGGACAGUUUAUUUGCCUUUCUCUCACCCAGUCUCACACCUUGCUGAGUAAAGCAGGAUCGGGAGGUGAGUGCCCUGGAUGGUUUUAGCACUUGGUGAGCAGGCAACAAAGGAACCCCCUCUCUUGGGACCUAAUGUUCAAUUUCAGUCCUGGCUCUUGCCCUACCAGGUAGAGUAACUUCCAGUCAGUUUAGGCUGUAGUUCUGCUUCUAUGUAGAAUGGAGGCAAGAAGCUAUCAAAAUAUUUUUAACCAGGGGAAUAUUACAAAACAUAUGAUUAUGUUUUUAAAGCAUAAUCUUUUAUCCAUACACUUCAUCACAUUUAUGAGUUUUUAGACUAUGUCCAGAAAUAAAAUGGCUGGUUUACAGUGAUGUAUACCAAUACUGAAUGCAUAAUAAAUGGAUUUAAACUAUUUAUUAAUGUGUCCAUAACCUGCAGUGUAUUUGAGUUGUCUUACUCUGGUAUUACUCUGGAAUGCAUUUCUCAAAGAUUAUUGAUUUUUGAAAUCCUUCAAAAGAAAUUAGGGUGCAAAAUAGUAAUGGUUAUAUAAUUCCCUUAUUCCUUUUCAGACAUAGUACCUCUGUCUGAUUCUUCAUUCUCUGCAUAGAUUAAGAUUUUAAAAUUCUAAAACACCCAUAUUUGUUGUAUAGUACAUGGGCCAAAUAGCGGAAAAUAGCUGUUUGCUACUAUAGUAUUAUAUGCUAAGUUUAAAAUUUACUACUUCUUCUCCGCAGCAAUGAAGUUGAUAGAAUGUUGGAAAGACAUGAGCGGCUCAAGCCUGAAAUGUUUGCCGAACUGCUUCAGACUGCAAAUACUACUGAUGACUUCAGGAGCUGUCCUGUGAGUAAACAAAAAAUGUUUCUGUUUGAGCUAAAUUCAUAAAAGUGAUGAAGCUGAACAUUCCAUAACUGGAAAGGGAAUUUGGUCUGUUUCUUUCUCAUUGAUUUAUUUUUAAUUUAGACUAAUAUUGUAAAACUGCCUUGGAUUACCACAUUCUGAAGCCUUCUUUAGAUGUUAAAAAACAUGUGCUGAUAAUCCCAUGAAGGAGGAGAAUGGGAACGCACACAUUUGCCCUCCACUUGUGCAGAUUCUUCCCAAAGGUUCUCUUUGGGUUGGGGGCAUGUCUGCAGCAGCUCACUGUACCAAACACACAUAGCCUGCUUGGAGUUCCAGCUCACAGGGACACCCCACAUGCAUUCAGUAGGCCACUCAGCCGCACACAUGAUCUUAAUCCACAGACAGUUUUUGAGAUUGGUCACCAUGAGCACAUACUGCCAUGCUCUUCUCUUUCAUGGGGUUACUGCCAUGUGUCUAUGAAUACCUAAAGAAGGCUUGAGUGUAGGAGGCAAGUAGGGCAUGGACAAGGUCCUCAGGAAGAUAGAAAACUGCCUCUUGGAUGUGUGAAUGAGGACCACUGCUUAUUUUCCUUUGGCUCUCAAAUGAAGCAAGUCGCUUUGGGCAUCUAUUUUUUAAAAUUGGUGUACCUUAUUGGGUUCUAUAUAUGGGGCAGGACAGUGUGCUUAUUGUUUAGAGUGCAUACAGUUGUGUACACGGCUAAAUUAAUAUAUAUUCAUAAAAUUUAUUACUCUGCAUACACUCAAACUUAGAAGUAUAGAAAUGGUCAUUUCAGAUCAUUUGACCUGAAAAUAACUGUUGUGAUUUAGACCUUUCAGAUGUAAAUUAUGUGGUAGUAAAGGGCUUAAGAAGUCAGAGUAAAAUAUAAUGCUUUAUAAAACACAGUGGUGUAGCCUGUCCCUUAAGUGGCAUGACUUACUAAACAAAAAUAAUAUUUUGCCUUCAAUUACUUCCCUCCUCAUUCUGUCAGUAUCUGGAUGUGUUGCAGAAAUAUCCAAGUCCGUCAAAGAGCAGUGAUCUGAGGACUAAAUAACAGUAAUCUAUCUCUCUGACUUCUGAAAUCUAUUGUAGAAAGUAGUAGUAAGAAACUCAGCUGAAUAGGGCAUAAUUAUGAUUAGUUUGGUGUUUAUUUUAGAUCUAAAUAAUAAGUUGCUAAAGUAACAUGCUGUUAAGUAAUUGUGAGACAUAUAUUGUAACAUUUAUUCUGAAUUCAAUGAGAAAUAGAUAAACCCUGAGGAUUUAAACUAAUUAGUUUUUAUAUUUUCUCCUUUUUCUAGAGUAACUGUGGCCAAAAAAUAAAAAUCCGACGUGUUCUCAUGAAUUGUCCUGAAAUUGUCACAAUUGGCUUAGUCUGGGAUUCAGAACAUUCUGACCUAACAGAAGAUGUCAUCCGGAAUUUGGCAACACAACUUUAUCUUCCAGGGGUAUUUGAGCAACAGCAUUUAAUAUAAUUGUUUUGGGUCAUCCUCACCAUUUAAAAACUUCUGUGUUCUUUUGAGAGCUUUGUGUGCCAAAGAGGUGCUCAUUCAUUCCUGUCUCAUAGUGCCAUCCUAUGCAUAUCUACUCAGAAGCCCCACUGAGUUCAGUGAGACUUUAUCUUAGGUAAAUGUGCAUAGGAUUGCAAGAUGAAAGGAGGAAAAGUCUCUUUUAAAAAAUACCUCAAUAUUUGAAAUGUCUUCUUUUCAGUUACCAUAAAAUGCUGCAGUACAGCUACAGAAUUUACGUUGCUUUAAACUAUUUUAGAGUUUCCACCCACUAUUCUAUUACAAUUUUUUAAUACAUUUAUUUUGAAAAAUUCAUUGGUGGUGGUUAGUAACGUCUCCAGGUGGCAUGCAGUAAAAUAAAUGUAUGAAAUCCUGUAAAAUAAAGCUGCAGAAACAGCAAUUAUAAAGGUUCUAUAAAUCCAGCAGAACAAUCAAAACUUUAAUCAGGACUAGCUUACAUUACACUAUGACAUGGCCAGGCAUAUAAAAAAGGUUGUAUGCAACUAACUUUUACUCAGAGUAGACAAAACUUAACUUAGAUCCAUUAAUUUUGGUGGGUCUACUCUGAAUAAUAGUUAGCUGAACGUAGCACAGUAUGUUUGCCUAGUGUCAAAAUAACAUCAUAGUUGACUCUUGGUAAGCCUGUCUGGGGAGGGUAUUUCACAGAUAGUGUGUUUAACAGUGGUACCUGAUCUCCUUGGUCACCAACUAACAAAAGAUAAAGCAAAUAAUAAUGUUUAAUUUCAUCAGGGAACAAGCUUACUUAAAAGCCCUGGAAAAUAAUGUGCUCACCUGGUGCUCACCUGGCACCGAAAGGAAGUGCCAAGUGGAUUCCACAAUCAGGGCAUUGGCCGAUUAAUUGUCAAUAGACUUAAAAUAUUUUGAUUAAUAAGGCACUCCAAAUUAAAUGGACAGCAUAUCUUUGUUAAGUCCCUAAUACUUUUCAUUACAUGUAAUGCUACAUCUAUUUGUAAAUUUUGUGUUGUAUUGACAAUAUUGUAUUGUGUGAACAAAUAGUCAUUUCUGUUGACAAAGAUGCCACCUUACAAGAUGGUGCAUGCUUAUUUAUAGAUGUGUACAAGUAAACAAGUUUUUAAAAUUUAAGGUAUUUAUACCUCUACAAAACAAACCAAAACUUUAGUGCAGUGGGUUAUAGUAUAGCUAAACUAGUAUAAAUAACUUUUUAAAAACAGUAACAAUUCAAUUAAAAACCCAACAAUUCUUAAUCUUUUUCAGUUCUCUGACUAAAGAUUGCAGGACACAAACAAAUUUUAGAGCAGUUUAAGGAGAUGGGAAAUCCUGAUUCAGAGCAAAAAAAUUGACUGAAUCAUUUUUGAGAUUGCCUGAAGGAGUUUGCCCUGUUGUUGUCCAGUCAUGCUGUAAUUAGGAACAUGUCAUCAAUAUCAACUACAUACACAGUUAUGUGUAGUAAAUUACAGUGCUGGGAAAGGUGACUAAUUAUCAUAUAAUGACCAAUUCUUGACAUCAAUGAUUUUGUCUACAGUUUGUUUUUAUACUGUUUUUACAUAUAUCCAAUUUUUCAGUUUUGUUACAUAGUUUUCAUGCUUUUUAGCUCUGCCACACUUUUUGACUGAUGAAUCAUUUUUGCAGCUGUUCUAUAGAGUUACAGAUGAAAAUGCCAAAAAUAGUGAGCUUUAUCUCGUGGGGAUGAUUUGCUACGCAAGCAAACAUUAUUGUGCCUUUGCCUUUCAUACCAAGAGUUGCAAAUGGGUGCUGUUUGAUGAUGCUAAUGUGAAAGAGGUACGUUUAGCUGUUCUGAUUUGGUGAUCUUUCUACAUAACUGUCUAGAUGUGUUCAAAAGUAAAAUGCAAUACUUAUAUGUAGUUCUGACAGCCUUGAUGUCAAACAAAUUACCUGAAUUCUUCAAAGCACACAUACUUUCUAACAAGGUGGCACUUAAAUGAAAGGAAAUUUGUUCACUAAGUUUUCACUGUUAGAAAAGAGAUCAAACACUGACAUGAAAGUAGCUCUUUUCUCUUAAGAAGUCAGAAUAAUCUCUCUGAGAAGUUAAGAGUCAAUUGAAUAUAGAUUAUAUCUAUUUUAUCAUCAUUGAAUUAUAACUAUUACUUAACUAAAUUAAAUUACUUAUAUAUCUCAUGAAAACAUAACUUUUUAGGUUGGAACAAAAUGGAAAGAUGUGGUGUCCAAAUGCAUUCGGUGUCACUAUCAGCCAUUGCUGCUGUUUUAUGCAAAUCCAGAUGGUACACCUGUAUCAACAGAAGAUGCACCAAGGCAGACAAUUCACUGGUCUCAUUAUAAAGCCUGUGCAGGAAAUGGAGAAGAACUUGGUAAUACACUUGGCUCUUUCUUCAUAUUAUUAAAAAAUAAUUUACUAAGUGCUUAACUGUGUACACAGUCUACAUAUACAUGAUCUAUUGGUGUGUCCUGAGUUAGUAGCUGGAAAGAAGGAAGCAGCCAGUCCUCUACUCUAGCCUUGGGUAGUAUGAACUAGCCAUUGUAUAUGCUGAGUUUCCCAUUCCUAAUGAUCUACGUUUAAUGUCAGUUGCUGUGCAGUGAAACUGACUACUUGAUGGUUCUCAUGAUACAAUCUGAGAGUGGGAAACAUCAUGGAAAUUAGUAUCCCUGUGGUGAAAGUAGUUAGAUAAGUUCUUAAUGUGUCAGGGAAGCUGGGGGCAGUGGGUGUGGAGGAGAUUGAAGGGUCUGGGUACUAUUAAUAUUUCAGCUGAGGCAAUAUAAUGGACCUACCUCCCAUAUUAAGGAGGAAUGGGCUUAGAACAGUUGCAGUGUUUCUGUUGGAGUAAGGUAGCAUAGGAAGGAGGUCCUUUGGAAAUAUAGUUUGAAAUAUUAGUUAUUUUAGUUUUUCAAUGUGGGGAGUUCAAUUAGUAUUGUAGGGUUUUUUGAUUUUCUGCAUUCAGCAUCUAGCUAUAGAACUGUUUGAAUGUUAUCACAUUUAUGCUGACAUUUUUUCCCACUGUACUGCAUGGACUUCAAACAAGUCUGGUAAGAAAAGUAAGGGCUUAACUACCAGUGACAUUAAUGACAUAUUUCAACAAACUGCCAUUUAAUUUGACUGCUUUUCAUUUGAAGAGAAAGCAGGUGCAUGGUGUGAUCCAGAAAAUACCUCCAAAUCAGACCAAGGAAUCAUUCUGCCUGAGGGGUGGGCAUUGCUGAAAAUAGUUCCCUCAUGGGAACAAUUUCUGACUGAAAGUGUUGCUUACCGUAAACAGCAUUGUCAAGAGCAAAUAGCAUCAGGUAGAAGGUGAUUUUCAGCAGAAAACCUGUGUGGUACUCCAGUGAGAAAAGGCAGUCAGGUUUACGUAUGCUCACUUAAACACAUGCUUGAUGACACAUACAGAGUUUAGGCCUUAAUUCUAGUGCUAGAGAUGAUUGUUGGGGUUUUUUAGCCUCAAAUAUAUUAACAUAGUUUAACAUUCCUUUCCCUAGGAUUUGAAAAGUCUACUUUUUCUAAGUCAGAUCGUCCGAAAGAGAAUGGGUUUGGAGAAUCAGUUACUCAGAAGAGCACUAAAAAAUAUCAGCCAGAUGACUCAACUUUUAGUCGAAACCAUGUUCAGUCUGGUGGUGUCAGAGGAUCAGGUAUAUAUCUUAAACAUUAUAGUAAUGCUUACUUACAGUGUUUAUUAUGCACUGGUAUUGUUGAAUUGAAUGUGUAAUAGUUUUAGUGGGUAGCAAAUUUGAACUGAACAGUAAUGUAACAUUACAUUAUUUCAGAUAUAUCAUUUUGGCUGUUUUGAAAUUUCUGACCAUUAGGGCCUCCCCGUAGAAUGUUUUGGUUUACAUAUAUGCAGCAUCUGCAGCUAUUUAUACUUCUAGUGCUUGGCUGGUCUGCUGGUAGCAUGCUGAAAUCUGCCAUAUUGGUCUGGUGGCUCUGAGAUAGAUGGUUUUGUCUGAUGGCAGGGGGUGGACUAUUUGGCCUUUUGGUUGUUUCUAUGACUGUGAACCUUUAAUGCAUAUUCAUUUCUAUUUUUUCAGCUAAAUUAGGGCAUAGUGAACAUAGGGAAAAGGCAAAGGAUCUUUCCAGAGAGUGCGCUCAGAAGGUAGCUGAGAUGAAAAGCUUCUCAUCCUCCCUACGAAAAGACACUGACAGAGGAUCAAAGAGAGAAUCUGGAAAACAGAGAGGUAACAGAACCUACUUCGAGGAGAGCACUUCCAAUGACGAACUUUCACCUACUAUGAUUAAAGAACCCCCUGUCUUAAAAGUGCUAUUUAUUAUUUUUUCUGAAAUUUGAUUGUAUUAACAAGAAUAAUAAAUUGCCCUUAAAGCUUAAAAGAGGUUGCUUUAAUGCGAUAGAAUAUUUAAAAUGUGAUGUUGUGGUGUUUUCCCCCCAUAGAUCUAUCUGGAGAGGUCCGCACCAAUUUUAAGCCAGGAUCGCCACCUUCUGGGAAUGGAUUUAAGCAGCAUUCUAAUGAACGUGUGUAUGGCAGUCAGGGAAAAGGACCUUACAGACAUGAAAAAGUACAUAACCAAAUCAGACCCACUGCACAAGUGUUGGGCUCAAACAAAACAGAUGGCUUUUCUGAUGGAGAGAAGAUGAGCCGUGUAAAGACUGAUAGCACCACUGGUUACGAUACAGACAGUAGCCAAGACUCCAAAGACAAGGGAAGCAUCAGUAGCAGCAAAAGUCGAAGCAGAGGUUGGAAGCCAAUGAGAGAGACACUAAAUGUGGAUAGUAUCUUUAGUGAAUCUGAGAAAAAAGAACACAGUUCAAAGCCCAAAUUAAAUGCAAGCAAUAAACCUAAACAUGAAAAGGAGCAGAGUUCAAACAACUGGCCAAAAGAAACUCGAAGUCAAAAAGGCUUGAUGACUAUCUAUGAAGAUGAAGCAAAACAGAAAGGGAGCCGGAGUUCGUUGGAUUCAGAAGGGAAAGGAAAUGCAGAAAAAAGUGUAGGAUUUACAGAGAGGAAAACUCAUACUGAUAGUUGGCAGAUACAAAGGACUGAAUCUGGUUAUGAAAGCAGUGAUCAUAUAAGCAAUGCAUCUGCUAAUCUGGAUUCACCUGUCAUUGAAGGAACCAGCCCAGUAGAUACUACCACAGUUAAGGAAUCUGUUUCCUGCAGGUAAUAAACAUGAAAGUUGUCUUGUGAAAGUAUGUGUAAUUAGGAGUGGGGAUCCAGUUUGGAUGAAGCCUGAAUCCAUAACCAAAGCAGACUGCUUUGGAGUGAUUUGGACAUUGUCUGAGACAAAACAGAGCUUCUCUGAAGCAACUCAAAACUUUGGACUGCUACUCAAACCUUGGGUCUGCCUUUAAGAUUUGCAGGCUGGAAAGGGAAUUUAGUGUUUGAGUACAGUUUCAUUAAGCUGCUACUCAGCACAGAUAUUGUUAUCUACAUUUGUGAGAAUGAGAACUCAUCUGUCCUUACUGCAUUGUAUUUGUAGUAAUUCAUAUUUGACAUUGAUUGAGCUACUUGCGCUGGCAAAUACUUGAAAGAUGCACAAGCAAAAAUAGAUUUAUUUUUCCAUUAAAGCUGAGGCAGAAUAUGGCAGAAGGGUAUGUAUGCAGAAUAAGAAGUCUGUGACCUUGUAAAGUUCUGUGCUUGUAUUUUCCAAUAUACCUUCUGCUUGGUCAGGCACAUUAUAAUGGUGCUUCUGCAUUGGCUGUGCAUAUGCUAUUGAAAGGUGGACAAAUAGUGUGACAAAAUAUAAUCUCUUGCAAGAUUGGAAGGUGGGAGAGAGGGAGAAAUUUGGAUUAAAAGAUAUUUCCAAAUAAGUCGUCUUGUACAGUGGAGUUCCAUUUUGAAUUUUGAACUUCUGAUGUUGUAAAUAUCAGUAAAUAUUUCUGUGAAAUAUUGUUUGAUACUUUAGGUUUAAUGAAAUCUUGGAAGAAUCUGAAUCUUACGGUUUUUACUUAAUCUUUUUUCACAGUGACCAGUUAAUCAGAUAUUCUGGGUGUAUCUUGCAGUCUACCUCCCAGCUGAACAAAAACUCUUCAGAUGGUAAGAACUCAGUUGUUCUCAGUUUAAGUGUAUUCAACUCUUAAAGGUUUCUAAGUUUAUAAAACAAAUUUAUCUAACACUAAAAAAUUAAGUUUCUAUCUCAUCACAUUGUGCUUUGUUGCUCCCUAAUUUCUUAUAUCACUGUCCACCUUAGUCAUUUGUAUUCUGAACUGUUUUCUGAAAAGAGAGCUCACUACUUUGAUGGAGAGGCAGCUUAUUUGACCCAGUCCAAGAAAGCUUUAAAAGUGUUCCUGCUAUGUAACAAUUCUCCAAAUAAGUUCUAUAAUUACAAAAGUCAGAAUUCCUUCUAUUACUGUUAAACUAUUUGUGCUUCAUUGAUAAUGGUGAAACCUCUGCUAUGUGAGCCUAACAUCUGCCAUAUUUAGUUUGACUAGAACCUAGAGCCAAAAUUCCUACCGGACUGUCUCUGGUUUUAACCAUGCAUGGAUCUUCAUGUCAGCAGAAGAGAAAAAUAACACAUCUAUUUUUAAAUUAGCUGGAAUUCUGAAGGCACAAGCCUCUGGGUGUCAGUGAGCAGCUUUGAUUGAACACUUGCCAUAGUGAUAUUAUAUAGGAGUCCUCUCUUGUAAGCAUUUGCUGCCAUCUUACGUACAGUACAGGCAACUGCAUGGUAACAAAGAGCAAUCUAGUAAAAUAACUCUGAAACUUCAAAAGAUUUUGCAUGUACAACUUAACCAUUUAUGUUUGUAGCGAAUUUGUCAGCAGUGCAUUAUUGAAAGCUUAAAUAUAUUCACAUGGAAAUAUAUGUAGAAAAUGUUUUCAAAACAUUAUGCUUCAGGAUGACUUAAUUGUAUUUGGCACCUUAAUAAUUUGUUCAGGUGUAUCUAUCUUUGGUACAGCAUUAUGCUUGACUGCCCAAAAAAACUGGUAACAUGCCUCUCUCUGUUAACUUACUUGUGAAUACAUCAAAUCUUAAAAUAAGGUUGUCAGUAUGGCUUCUAUAUUCUAUUGGUAAGUUUUAUAUCUUGUAAAUUUCUCAGUGUAUUGCAGAUUUAUUUAUAAAAGUAUUUGUAUCCCACACCUUCAAACCAAACCUUGUCCUGAGGGUAGCUAAUGCUCAAAAUAAAAACAAUGGUUAAAAAGCAGAAAAAAGCAAAUGAUCAGCAAGAAAAUUAUGUACUUCUAUAAAACAUAUAUUCAAAUCAUGUUGUGUUGGCCUGCUGCCUGAAAGUAUACAGUGCACCGAUAUCCAAGGGCAGAUGUCCAGUUACAGAUGAUAGAUUUUUAUGCAUUGAUGGCAACUGCAAGCUCCUGCUUUAAUAUCUCCAGCUGAAAUAUUAGACUGCCGUCCUUUUCAGGCAUUAUGGUAGAAGGGGGGCAUUAAGGUAUUACAUUUGGCUGAUUCUCCUUGUACUUAAAAAGAAUCCUAGGCAUACCUCAUGCUUUAUUUACGUUUACCAUGGCAAAUCUUAAGUUCACAAGAUUUUUUGCUCAUUACUGGUAUUGCUGAUAUUUCCUGUGCAUAUUAAAAAAAAAUACAUCAUAAUGUGCUUAAGGUAAACAACAACACUGUUUUGCAGCCUUGAAGAAAGACCAGGUUAAUACUCAUAUGAACUAUAGAUCUCAUAACCUACCUUCAACAUCUCAUCAUAUGCAAAGGUAACCUUUAACUAUGCAAUUAUGUAGUCUAAAGCAGCUAUUGUAGAAAAAAAAAUUAUUAUUUUGUAAAAAAUGUUUUAAAUUUGGAUUUAGAACGUUCAUAUUUUUAAAAGAAUUUUUGCUGAUAUCCAAGAUCCUCAUUUCUACAAAUUGGCAGUGUUCUCAUGUAGCACCAAAUCAUAAAAUGUGCUUUGGUAAGUCAUACUGUGCAUGAGCUACAUGCUUGUGUACACAGUCCAAGCACUCCGACUUCACUCCACCCCUCACAAUGACUAUGUCAGCCUAAACCAUGGCUUGUUAACCUUGCAGUCAUGGUUUGUUAAGGCAAAACAAACCACAGUCCGGGAUUUGGACAUCCCAGUAACCUAGUUGUCAUGGUUUGCUUACCCACACAUCUGAAAGAAGGUGAAGUGGGAGUACUUGGGCUGUGUGCAUAGGAUGGCUUAGCAUUGCAGUGCCAACACAGCCAUUGUAUAGCAAACUAUUGGGUUUUCAGGUUUGUUAGUUAUUUUGGCCAGUUGUUGAAGGCUUAGACUAAUCCCUGAAUAUUGCCUUGAAAUUACAUUUUUGAGAUUUCAGAGCAUAAAGAACAAUGCAAGACUGUUUUAAGGGCCCUGUCACUCCUUCAGAUGUCAUGACCUUCAGAUGUCAAGUCAGAGAUGAUAAUAGUUGCAAUCCAACAACAACUGGAAUACCCAUCCCUGUUUGAAAAUCUUAAAGACAAUCUUGCACCAUUGUUCUUUUGUAAAUGUGUAGGUUAAAUUAGUGUAAGGGAUACUAUGUGGAACUGCCUUUAAGAUCUCUUUCCUUUUCUAAUGCCAGUCUAGUAAUAUGCUGUGAUAAUUAGUUUAAGCCUUGCUCUGUGUGCUUGCUUUAAGAUGUAGUAGGUGGCAACCCAGAUAAAGCUUUGUGAUUCCCAGGGUUUGGAACUGCCUUCCUGAGAAAUUGCAUGUGGCGUCCAUUUCUUUGUGAUGCCAGGUAAAAUUAGUAUUGUUCUGAUGAGCGUUUGAGGAAGGUGUUUUGUUAAUCCUUUUUAUUAUUUCUGUGUUUUAACUUGAAUUUUGUUAUCUUCAUAUGAUACCUGUAGCUGUUAACUGGUGUUGGUCACUUCAGAUGCAUAGAAACAGUGCAAUAAAAAUUGUUUACUUUUUUCCUGAGAUCUUGAAAAACAACUGGAUGUUGAAUUAUUUGAAAAUUAGCAAAAUGUCUGUGGUCAUUAUGUGGUGGUGUGAAGACCGUAUAAUGCAAAAUACUGUGCUCUCCACAGCUUCCCUGUUGGGGAGGAUCAGGCCACUCACCAUCAGUAGUGUAGGACAAGAUUUGCCCUUACUCUACAGUAUUCUCCUGAGAUGUAGUGUGUUGUGACAAUUUUUCAUAUGUUUGAUAAGAAAGAGGGCUGAAUUGGGCUAGGGUUUCUUAAAUACACACUCUGCCCUAAUGACUCAGCCAUGAAGAAUCAACCAUACUGAUAACUAUAUAGUCCUGCCUCUUAAUCAGCAGUCCAUUCUGAAUGCUGGGUAGUGUUGAAACUGGCUUAGCCUAACCUUCAAAAUAUGCAGCUCAACCAGAAUAAUUGAAAUAACAUGAAACUUCUUUUGUUGACUUAACUAGAAUUGGGUUGCAGUUUUAAGCGUUUGGUGGUUUUCAUUCUUUAAUGCUUUGUUUUCUAGGACUGACAUACCUGAUGGCGAUAAGAAACUUUUUCCUUCGUUAACACUACAGACGGCUUUAAAAGACCACUCUGAGAGAGAAAUGAAGAACAAUGCACUAAGUGAGCAAAGCUCUGCACAGUGGCCUACUGAAGAGAUACUUGAUGAAACAAACAUAGCUGUACACAGUGCUGAUAAUUCAGCUUCUUACAAUGGCGAGAACUUAACCAUGUCUGAAAAGGUUCAGAACAGUGAGUCUUUCUCUUCCCAUUUGCAGUUGCCUCAUACAAGGACAGUUAGACCCAGGCCAGCGCUGGCAUUUUUCUUACAACAGAAUAUAUCCAAACCUUCCUAUACUGAAUCUGCUGCACCCGCUGAACGUAAACUUCAUUUGUAUAGUAGUAGGACUGAUGAUGACACGCAAGAAGCGAUUUACCAAAAUCUUCCUCCUCCUUUACCACCAAAGAAAUAUGCUCUCACUGGUUUGCAUGGAUUAGAAUAUGAAUCUGCUGUGGAUUUAAAACCAACAGAAGUACCGGGCACAAAUCCUUCCAAUGUUGAAAGGCAUGUUGCAAGAGUAACUUCAAAGACUGUACCUGAUGCAAGUCCAUUUACACAUGAAGAAAGACUUAAAUCAUUUCAUGGGAAUGAGUCUUCCAAGAUGAAUUUUCCAUCAAGUUUAUCAGUAAACGAUCUGCAGGCUGUAUCCAAUAAUCCUAUACAUAAGGGAGCUUGCCUCACAGGACAAGGUGCUAGCUCCCUGGAUGCAAAUGCUAAUGAUAUUGUAUCUCUUACUACUUACUUUUCAGUUGACAACUGUAUGACUGAUACAUACAGGAUGAAAUACCACCAGAGACCCAAGCUGUAUUUUGCAGACACUGGCGUGUUAAACAAAGAGACACCUUUGCCACCAAGUGGAAUACAGAUGAACACUUCAUACCACAGUAAUUCCGAAUCAAAUUAUCCUACAACUGAUCAGAGACAUAAACCCAGCAUUGGAAAUAUAUAUUGCAAUAGGUAG